CUCUCCGACCUCCUGCCCUCUUCUCUCGAAUGCGAACUCGCGACUCUCCUGCUCCUUCGACCCUCUUCGGUGUUCUUGUACCCUCUCUCCCCCGACGAAACCCUCGCCUUUUCUUCCUCCGUCUCUCCCAAGAAAGAAGCCCUAGAAGGGCGUAUCUUUCUUUGUUGCAGCUAUGCUUCCCUUCUCCCCCACCGUAUCCAACCAGAUUCGUCUCCUGCUGCAGAGCUUGAAUGAUUCCAACUUCGAUUCGAUCUUCCGUGAGCUCUGUCAGUUUGCAGAAUAUGGAAGUGAAGGUGGCAUUUUGUUGGUUCAAACUUGCUUAGACCAAGUGAAAUUCAAUGGUGAAGAGAUUCAGAACCUGCAGCUGAAACGGGAUCUUGUGUCUGCCAUUUUUAAGUUUUUGCUGGAUAGACCAAAUUUCAGCACAGUUUUUAGUGAAGCAUUGAAAGGAACAUCAAUGAGUGAAGGUUUUCUAAAAGAUCUUUCAAGCGCGUUAAAUCUUUCAGUAGCGGAGAAAGUUGGCAUUGGACUUGCUCUGUCUGACUCUGAAAUUCCAGAUUUGAAAAUUAGAGGGCAAAAUUUCUGCAUUGCUCAGAUUGAGGAACUAUGUGCGAAUCCUACUUCCAUUGUAUCUAAUGAGCGAAUUCAGGAUAUUGUUAUGUUUCUCUAUCAGUCUGAGGGUCUUUCGAAGCAUGUAGAUUGUUUUACCAAAAUCUUAUCUUUAUUACAACUCAAGGACAGCUCUUUCUUUCUACCAACCACAAUGCUUACAAAUGACAACUCUUGGAGGUAUUUGGAUCUGUUCUCUGGAUGCUCUGGCAAUGAUUUUGAGACUGUUUUGGCGGAGAUAGAGAAGGAAAUGAGCAUGGCUGAUGUUAUGACAGAAUUGGGCUAUGGUUGUACAAUUGACACUUCACAUUGCAAGGAGAUGCUCUCUCUUUUUCAGCCCCUCAAUGAUGUGACACUUUCUAAGCUACUUGGCACAAUUGCUUGUACUCAUACCGGUCUUGAAGAUGCCCAGAACACAUACGCAACAUUCUGCGCAGCUGUUGGUGGCAGCUUAGCAAGUGAUUCCUCAUUGUUGAAUUCAUGGAAUGUUGAUGUCCUUGUAGAUUCGAUUAAGCAACUUGCCCCAAAAACAAAUUGGACACGUGUCAUGGAAAACCUAGAUCAUGAGGGCUUUAAUGUUCCUGAUGAGAAAUCGUUUUACCUUCUAAUGUCUAUAUACACUAAAGCAUGCGAGGAUCCAUUUCCUCUCCAUGCUGUAUGUGGGUCUGUGUGGAAGAAUGCUGAAGGCCAAUUAUCUUUUUUAAAAUAUGCUGUGGCUGCACCACCUGAUGUAUUUACAUUUGCGCAUUGUUCAAGACAACUGACAUUUGCUGAUUCAGCAUAUCUGAUGAAAAAACAAGGAAAUCAGGCAUGGUUUUGUCUGGAUCUUUUGGAGGUUUUAUGUCAACUUGCUGAAAGAGGCCAUGCCAGCUCGGUUCGACUGAUGCUAGAACACCCUCUUACUCACUGUCCAGAGAUUUUACUUGUUGGAAUUGGUCACAUAAAUACCGCAUAUAAUCUUCUCCAGUAUGAAGUAUCUUCCACCAUAUUUCCUGUGAUAUUAAAAGAUUCUACAAAGAUUGGCACCAUUCAUCAUCUCUGGCGUGUUAAUCCGAAUCUAGUCCUUCGAGGAUUUGUAGAUACACAUAUUGAUCCCAAUAAUCUACUAAGAAUUGUGGACAUUUGUCAGGAACUGAAGAUUUUGUCACCAGUAUUGGAUGCAACUCCAUUUCCAUUCAGCAUUAAAUUGGCUGCAAUUGCUUCUCGGAAGGAGCAUAUAAAUCUUGAGAACUGGUUAAACGAGAAUUUAAGUACAUAUAAAGAUGCUUUCUGUGAGGAUUGCGUUAAGUUCUUAAAAGAAGUACUUGGUGAUGGGGCAAAUGAUGCUGCAGAUAGUUCUGUUCAACAACAACAUGCUGCUAUUUUGAAUGUUUACCAAGAAACGUGCUCUACAUUCUUCAAGGUUCUUCAAGCCCAUUCUGGGCAGCUUGUUUCUCACCAACUUUUUGAAGAAAUAAAGAGCCUGCAUGUUUCAUCUAACCCAAAGAUUCAAAAUGCCAUAACAGAUGCUGCAACUUCUGAUGGAAGCUCAGAAGCUAUAGAGGCAGAGGCAAACACUUACUUCCAUCAAAUGUUCUCAGGACAGCUGUCCAUUGAUGCAAUGGUUCAAAUGCUUGCACGCUUUAAAGAAUCAUCUGAUAAGAGGGAGCAGAUGAUAUUUGAUUGCAUGAUUGCAAAUUUAUUUGAAGAGUACAAGUUCUUCCCCAAGUAUCCAGAUAGGCAACUAAAAAUAGCUGCUGUGCUCUUUGGUUCUCUUAUAAAGCAUCAACUUGUGACUCAUCUCACACUUGGUAUUGCUUUGCGUGGAGUUCUUGAUGCAUUGCGUAAAUCUGUUGAUUCAAAGAUGUUUAUGUUUGGUACCAAGGCCUUGGAGCAGUUCAUGGAUCGUUUGGUAGAAUGGCCACAAUACUGCAACCAUAUAUUACAGAUAUCUCAUUUGCGUGGAACACAUGCUGAAUUGGUUUCUGUCAUUGAACGGGCACUUGCAAGAGUUUCGUCCAGUCAGUCAGAGUCAAAUGGUGGUAACUCUCUUUCUACUGAUCAGCAACAAGGUUCUGGGCCAGCUUCUGUUGAAAGCAUGGAGGCAUCUGAGGCAUCAUGGCAAUUGAUGGGAUCAGCCUCCACACAGUUGGGGCAGCAAUUUUCAUCUUUGCAGCUGCAACAGAGACAUCCAGGAUUUCUUGGUGACAGGCUUAAAGGCUCUACAACACCUGCUAAUUAUUCAAAACCCCUUUUAUCACAUACUUCACAGUCUGCAGUUGUUUCUGCACCUGUUGAUUCUGUUGCUAAUCAGAAGGCAACUGUUUCGCAAUCUUUGCAAACCACAAUUCCCCAUCAUUCCACUGGUGUGACAACUGCUGUUUCAUCGUCUCCUAGUUUUCUACGUGCUCGAAGUAUUACACCUGCAGGCAUGCUUCGGCAACCUUCUUACAGCACAGGAUUUGGGGCUGCCUUGAACAUUGAAACACUUGUUGCAGCAGCUGAAAGAAGAGACACUCCAAUAGAGGCUCCUGCACCAGAAGUUCAAGACAAAAUAUUAUUCAUGAUAAAUAACAUUUCAACUACAAAUAUGGAUGCUAAAGCAAAGGAAUUCAGUGAGGUUCUCAAAGAGCAGUACUUUCCCUGGUUUGCACAGUAUAUGGUCAUGAAAAGAGCAAGCAUUGAACCAAAUUUUCAUGACUUGUAUUUGAAGUUCUUGGACAAAGUUAACUCAAAACUACUUAAUAAGGAAAUCGUUAAAGCUACUUAUGAGAACUGCAAGGUGCUGCUGAGAUCGGAUCUUAUAAAAUCAAGUUCAGAAGAACGUUCCUUGCUUAAAAAUCUUGGUAGCUGGCUUGGGAAGUUCACAAUUGGUAGGAAUCAAGCAUUACGAGCCAAAGAAAUAGAUCCAAAAGUUCUAAUAAUAGAGGCAUAUGAGAAGGGAUUGAUGAUUGCGGUGAUUCCAUUUACCUCUAAGAUUCUGGAACCAUGCCAGUCCAGUUUAGCAUAUCAACCUCCAAAUCCAUGGACUAUGGGCAUCCUUAGUUUACUUGCUGAGAUAUAUAACCUGCCAAACCUCAAAAUGAACUUAAAAUUUGACAUUGAGGUUUUAUUUAAGAACCUGGGUGUGGACAUGAAAGAAGUUAAACCAACUGCACUUCUUAAAGAUAGGAUUCGUGAAGUGGAGGGGAAUCCAGAUUUUUCAAACAAGGAUGUGACUGCAUCACAGCCACCAGUCAUUGCUGAAGCUAAUGCAGGAAUUAUGCAAACAUUGAAUCAUGUCGAGAUUCAACCUGAUGUCAACAGUGCAUCUCAUCCAGCAAGCCAUCCAAAUGUACUGGCUCAGUAUACUUCUCCUGUCCAUCUUGCUUCAAAUGCCAUAGGGGAGGAUGACAAAGUUGCAGGUCUAAUAGUACCUGAACGUGUUCCAUCCGGUCAGGGACUCAGUCAAGUUACACCAUCACCAUUUUCCCUUAGUCAGCUUCUGACAAUAAUUCCAAAUUCUGAUUCUUAUAUUAAUAUCAAUCCCAAGCUUAGUUCCAUGGGUUCACAAUUGCAAUUCCACAGAAUUAUUCAAGUCGCUAUGGAUAGGGCCAUCAGAGAAAUUGUGUCUCCUGUCAUUCAGCGCAGUGUUACAAUAGCUAGUCGGACAACUAAAGAACUUGUUUUAAAGGACUAUGCUAUGGAGUCAGAUGAUGGUAUUAUAUCUCGGGCAGCACAUUUAAUGGUUGGCACUUUGGCUGGAAGUUUAGCUCAUGUCACUUGCAAGGAACCUCUUCGUGUAGCUCUAUCAAGUCACCUUCGAAGUCUACUUCAGGCCAUAAAUAUUACUAGCGAACGUACAGAGCAGAUUGUUCAGAUUCUUACAACGGAUCAUCUAGAUCUUGGCUGUGCAGUGAUUGAAAAUGUUGCAUCAGAGAAGGCUGUGGAGUUGAUUGAUGGUGAGAUAGCUCCCUCAUUUGCUGCACUAAGAAAGCAGAGGGAGGCAGCUGGGUCUGCUUACUAUGAUGCUGGUACCUAUGCUCAAGGUCCAUUUGCACGUCUGCCAGAGGCACUUCGACCCAAACCUGGUCGACUAUCCCUUGCCCAACAGCGAGUCUAUGAUGACUUUAUCAAGAAUAUAUGGCAAAAUCAAUCUGGUCAAAAUUCCAGUGUUGUGCCUUCUGGUCCACCUGGUAUGGCUGGUAGCUCAAGUUACUGUAAGAGUCAUCCAAAAAGAUGCAGAAGAAAAGAAGCUGUCUUUCAACCCCAGGCCAUACUUCAGGUUGUUUGUUAACUGGCUUUUGGACCUUGCUUCUCCAGACCCUGUCCUUGACAGUGCCAACUUUCAGGUGUUGGCAUCUUUUGCAAAUGCUUUCCAUGCUUUGCAGCCCUUGAAGGUUCCUGGUUGGAGCUUUGCAUGGCUUGAGUUGGUGAGUCAUAGAAGCUUCAUGCCAAAAUUGCUGACGUGCAACUCUCCUAAGGGUUGGCCAUUUUUCCAGCGUUUGCUUGUUGACUUGUUCAAAUUUAUGGAGCCCUACCUGAGAAAUGCCGAGUUAGGAGAGCCGGUUCAUUUUCUGUACAAAGGCACUUUACGGGUGCUGCUUGUACUGCUUCAUGAUUUUCCUGAGUUCCUAUGUGACUAUCACUUCAGUUUCUGUGAUGUGAUCCCUCCCAGUUGCAUUCAAAUGCGGAAUGUUAUUCUCAGUGCAUUCCCUCGCAAUAUGAGGCUUCCUGAUCCUUCCACUCCCAACUUAAAGAUCGAUCUGCUAGCUGAAAUUAGCCAAUCCCCACGUAUUCUAUCUGAUGUUGAUGGUGCUCUAAAAGCUAAGCAGAUUAAGGCUGAGAUUGAUGAGUAUCUCAAGACAAGACCAGAAGGAUCUCCCUUUUUGACCGAAUUGAAGCAAAGAUUGCUGCUUCCCCAAAGUGAGGCGAACCUGGCAGGGACCCGUUACAAUGUGCCGUUGAUCAACUCACUUGUGCUUUAUGUUGGCAUGCAGGCCAUACAACAACUGCAGAGCAAGUCCACUUCGCAGCAUGCACCUGCACAGCAGAUGACCCAUGGCCCUCCUAUGGAUAUUUUUCUAGUUGGAGCGGCUAUGGAUAUAUUCCAGAGCCUAAUAAAGAACUUGGAUACGGAAGGCCGCUACCUCUUUCUUAAUGCGGUUGCCAACCAAUUGCGCUAUCCAAACAACCAUACACAUUACUUCUCAUUUGUCCUUCUGUACUUAUUUGCAGAGGCAAGCCAGGACAUUAUCCAGGAGCAGAUAACACGGGUGCUGUUAGAGCGCUUGAUAGUUAACCGCCCUCAUCCAUGGGGUCUUCUUAUCACUUUCAUUGAGCUAAUCAAGAAUCCACGGUACAACUUCUGGAACCGGUCGUUCACACGGUGCGCGCCAGAGAUUGAAAAGCUUUUUGAAUCAGUUUCAAGAUCUUGUGGUGGUCCGAAAGCUGUGGACGAUGGUUUAGUCUCGAGUGGCAUUCCCGAUGGCAACCACUGAACGACCACAGACAAGUAUAAACCACGUUUACAUGAUUGCAAAUAAAAUAUCUAUUCUUUCUUAGGACAGCAUAUAGCUUUGAUGAUGAUUAUUUGUACAUUAGAUGAAUUAAAUGACUCGCUUCUGGUGCUGGUGUCAUUUUACAGUUAUCUAUCAAUUUGUGCAGCCUGUCUUGAGGUUGUGGGGAUGUCGUGAUGUUUUCCUAAAUCAACUCCGAAGUGGCAGUACAUUGAAGUCAAGUGAGGUGCAUGAUGUGUAAUAUGACUGGCUCGAGAGAAAAAAUGAAGAGAGGGGGGGGGGAGGGAGGUGUUCACAAAUUUUUAAUGAUUCGUUGUCGAUAAAAACGAGUUAAUAUUAUGUCAGAAGCUUUCCAGAUACUGUU